AUGAAGUAUAUCGGACUGCUUUUACUUGUGGCAUAUGCCACGGCAAACGAUAGUUGUAGAUGCUCGUUUUCAUUCCCGGGAGGUGGUGGUGCGAACUACGCUCAACGAACUAGAGUAGAUGCUCAGCAAUUGCGUAUAGGACGACUUGAACAACAAAUAGCCGACUUAUCAAAGAAGUAUGACGAUUCAAGCGACGACUAUAACUCCGCUGUUGAAACUCUAGAUUACCUCAAUGACAAAGUGGAGGAAGUCAGAGAGAAGCGUUGCCAAGAAGGAUCUGUUGAAUGCUUAGACAAUGGCGAAUGCAUUGACACUCUUUUAGUAUGUGACGGUGUGAAGGACUGUUCAGAUGGCUCCGAUGAAAAAUCCCUAGUUUGCAAUCUCCCAUUCGCGGUAGGAAAAACGUAUGGUGGAUACCUACUGAGUGGAAAUGAUUGCCUAAUAGGGGGAUUCAAAACCCAGGUGAAGGCUACAAUAACAUCGGUUAAAGUACUCCCAUAUUUUAAACAAAGACCUAAGAUCGGCGCAAGACUUUCAUACAGUUACAACGACAGGGGAACUGAGACAAGCGGGUCUUACAGACUAAGUGGUUACUAUAACGCUGCCACAGCCUCCCUCGUUUUGGACUCCGUAGAAGAUGAUGAAGACAUUGGCUUUGUUGCCAAAUUUGGCGCAUACAACAAUGACAAAGCUGUGGCUGAUUUCCAAAGAAUAGGAAGAGUUUCCAGGCCAUAUUAUCCUCAUCUACAAACAACAGUCAUCGCAGUUUCAAAUAUUAUCAUGGACUUAUCAUUUGUAAAUAACAUGAACACUAUAUAGAGGAAUCUCAAUAACCACAAACUUUCACAUCACAGUGGUUUGUAAAUAUGUACAUAUAAUAUUGUGCACACUUGGACUUGUAUUGUAUUAAAAUUAUUUACAUAACAAUAAAUUCAACAACAUA